UGUGCAUAGUUUUCACCGCAUGUGGAAACUCUCCACUUCAAUUCUUCCCAGCCCGGUAUGAUGAGCAGCCUGGAUGCCCUUGGAUGACCGGAACCGCGAUGAUAAUUUUUGCAUCCAUACGGAACAGCCUUCGUAAUUUCUACCCCCACCAUUCAAAUUAUCAUAGACUCGACACCAGCGGUCACCAUAACCUACAAAAAUAAUCAACCACCACAGUUGGCGCGGCGGUUCUCUUCUGGCACAUGGCCAUACAAUCAUAAUCAUUUCUAAUCUUUGUAAUUCAUAACUAGAGCAUUUCGAUUUUGGAAGUUUCUUCUUAAUGUGAUUGGAAUAAUAAGUUCCCUUCUAUAUAUUGUGUUGUAAAAGUGAAUAUUCACGUUUAUUUGCAAGUGGAUUUAUUGUGGAUGAUUGUGUGCAUUUGGUUUUCUUCAAGUGGAUGAAUAUGGAUAAUUGGAAUAACUGCUGAUAGUUUCUAGAAAUCUUUGAGAUAUGGCAGUGGAUCAAACCCAGUUUCCAAUCAGCCGGAUUUUCACAAUCACGCUUGUGCUGGUGUCCAGGUUGAGCUUGGGGAGCAGUCAAUGCAGUAAGCAGGAGUAUCAGCAAUGUGUGUAUCUAGCUGAUCCGCUAUUGAAAGAUCCGCAUCUCAUCUACCCGGACAAUCCAACCGAUGUCGAUAAAGUUUGCAGUACUUAUUCUAGGACGUGGACACAGUUCGUCGACUGUGUGAAAAGGUACACAGACCGGUGCUUCUCUGACAUCAAGAAACAGGAGUUCAACAAAGCUGUCGAGAGUCCAAUCGACUCCGUUCAUCAACUCUGUACCGAUUCUAAAUAUCAGAAAGAAUACCUGAAACAUGCGGCGUGUAUGAAGUCAACACUGACAGAAGACUCACACUGUGGAAGACACUAUCGAUAUCUGGUAUCGAGGGUAGCUGGCGAAACAAACAGAAACUCAAUUUGUUGUGCUCACUACAGAUUCAGAGAAUGUGUGUUGGACCAGACUCAAAAUUCAUGUUCAACUGAUGCAAGACCUUUCUCACAGCAAAUUCUGGACAAAUCUCUGAGCUUUCUGAGAGAUCAGUGUUCAAAUUACUCACCGACCAAAGAAGAGUGCCCAGGCACAGAGUUCUAUGACGCGACGGGGCGAACUGACAGCGGUCAGCCGGACUUCAGCACCUACCAGACCAGGCAGCCAUCCACAGCCGGCACCACCCCUGGUAGCCCUUGGUCAUCUCAGCAACCAACUGAUGAACGAUUUCCCGGAGGCACAACGAGGUCAGAUUGGACCACGUCCUGGGUGCCAGGCCAGGGGCGGACGACCGAUUCGCCGCCUCCGGAAACCUCUCCCGAUGGGAGCACGAGGUCGAGCUUCGGUCGCGGCAUGACGUGGGGACAGCCGCCCUCUACCACCCCAACCUGGCGCGUGACGCAGGCGCCCUGGUUCCCCACACGGCCUCAGCAGCCCCCCGCCAACGAGCAGAACAUGAUGAAUGAGAACACUAUCGAUGAGCCGAACCAGCAGGGAUUGGAGGGCAACAGUAGUGCCACCGCUGUCUCGCCGAUGCUCGCCGUCGUCUCCACGUUAUGCUCUCUGGCGGUCAUCACCAUCUAUGUCACUUAAGGCCGAUGAUGAUAUAGUUAUUAACAAACCAUCUAUGACACUUAAGGCCGGCGAUGAUAUAGUUAUUAAUAAACCAUCUGACACUUAAGGCCGUCGAUGAUAUAGUUAUUAACAAACCAUCUAUGACACUUAAGGCCGGCGAUGAUAUAGUUAUUAACAAACCAUCUAUGACACUUAAGGUCGUUAACACAGUAUGUAAUACGAUUAUUAUCAACCUUCAACCUGUGUAACCUAGAAUCGGUAACACAGUCGAUAUGGUUAUGAAUAAAGUGGGUUACGUUUCAAAGUGAACUUGACCAAUGGACUGACUCAAGACCAGUGGUACAGUUGAUAUGGCUCUUAUAAAUAACGGCCAAACUAAACUUGGCAAAUGGACUCACAAUAUUACAGCUAUUUAUUCACGGUUAUCACAUGAAGCAUCAGUCGAUAUGUUUAUCAUUAAUAAUUACAAAUCAUUAUAAAAUAAGUUAUUAUGAAACUAUGUAAAUUGCGACUGAUAAGAGAGUCGAUCUGGUUCUUAACAAUGACGGUGUCACCGGUUCAAACUGGGGCCUGUUUCAUAAAACCCUUGUAAUACAGGGCCUGUAUUACAGGACUUAUAAAUUAAAAUUAACAAUCCUGUAAAAUUAUGUUUCAUAAAAAUAAUUCUACACUUGUAAAAUCACCUGUAAUAUUCGCCUGUAUUACAGUUCCUUUAUUUUGAAUUAAUGUUUUCAUUGGCCAGCGAGCCUAAUAUAAUAAAAUAU